GUGGUGGAGCCACUUGAAGCUCUGUUGUCUUGACCUAAACAGCCUUUUGUUGUGACUUGAGCGAAGGCUUACAGCUCAGACCAGCAGUCUCCCCUUCAACCAUUCAGGUGACCAGGCAUUGAUGCCCCCCCAGGGAGGCCGAGCCCAAAAGGAGGCCACCCCCGCUGGUUGCUGCUCACAUGGUUUCUGGGCCCCUGGCACUCCGGUGGUGCGCGUGGGGAGGGCGCGGGGACAUGGGGCCCGACAUGGAGCUGCCCAGCCACUCGAAGCAGCUCCUGCUGCAGCUGAACCAGCAGAGGGCCAAGGGCUUCCUGUGUGACGUCGUCAUCAUGGUGGAGAACUCCAUCUUCCGCGCCCACAAGAAUGUGCUGGCGGCCAGCAGCAUCUACUUCAAAUCCCUGGUGCUGCACGACAACCUCAUCAACCUGGACACGGACAUGGUCAGCUCAGCCGUCUUCCAGCAGAUCCUCGACUUCAUCUACACUGGCAAGCUGCUGCCUGGAGACCAGCCCGCAGAGCCCAACUUCAGCACGCUCCUCACCGCCGCCAGCUACCUCCAGCUCCCCGAGUUGGCCGCCCUCUGCCGCCGCCGCCUGAAACGGGCCGGCAAGCCAUUCGGUGCCUCACGUGUGGUGGCUGCCGGCAUAGGGCGGUCCCCCCGCAGCCAGCGUCUGCCCACCACCUCUGUCAUCCAGGUCCACUACCCAGGGCAGGGGGAUGGGCGCCAAGGGGCCCCUGCACCCCAGGAGCUCCCCCAGCCCAAAGGCUCAGAUGAUGAGCUCUUCCUUGGAGGCACCAGCCAAGAGGUCCCACACGCCCUGGGCCAUGUGCUGUGUCCUGCCGGUGGGGAGGCUGGCUUGGGCGGCUGCAGCAGCACCAACGGCAGCAGCGGGGGCUAUGAGCAGGAGCUGGGCCUGGAUCUGUCCAAGAAGAGCCCGCCGCUGCCCCCCACCACACCAGGCCCCCACCUCCCCACUGAUGACCAGGCCCAGCUAAGUGACAGUCAGCACAGCUCGCCCCCUGCAGUCCCCAUCCCACCCACUGCCAACAGUGCCUCUUACACUGAGCUAGGGGGUGCACCUGAGGAGCCCAUGGAUCUGGAGGGGGCCGAGGACACACCCCUGAGCCGGCUGGAGGGGCCCAGCGGGCAGCCUCGGAAGAGCCUGCGGCACUCAGCCCGCAAGAAGGAAUGGAACAAGAAGGAUCCCACUGCCACCGUGGAGCCGAGGGAGGGCGGGACCCCAGACGCCUGCCCGGCCGAAGACAGCGAGGCCCCGGAGGACAGGGUUCCUAACGGCAUCCUGGGCGGCAGGGGCGGCCCCGGCGGGGCCUAUGGGGAGCCCCUCCCCUGCAAGGAGGAGGAAGAGAACGGCAAGGACGGGAGUGAGGACAGCGGGCACAGCGGCAGCGAGGCGGGCAGCGGCCCCUCGGGCUCCCACUACCUGUACCGGCCCGAAGGCUUUGAGACGGUGCCCUACGGGGACAACUUGUACGUGUGCAUCCCCUGUGCCAAGGGCUUCCCCAGCUCGGAGCAGCUCAAUGCCCACGUGGAGACGCACGCGGAGGAGGAGCUCUUCAUCAAGGAGGAGGGGGCCUACGAGACGGGCAGCGGGGGUGCGGAGGAGGAAGCCGAGGAUCUCUCGGCGCCCAGCACGGCCUACACGGCCGAGCCGCGGCCCUUCAAGUGCUCCGUGUGCGAGAAGAGCUACAAGGAUCCGGCCACGCUGCGGCAGCACGAGAAGACGCACUGGCUGACACGGCCCUUCCCCUGCAACAUCUGCGGCAAGAUGUUCACGCAGCGCGGCACCAUGACGCGCCACAUGCGCAGCCACCUGGGCCUGAAGCCCUUCGCCUGCGAUGAGUGCGGCAUGCGCUUCACUCGCCAGUACCGCCUGACGGAGCACAUGCGCGUGCACUCGGGCGAGAAGCCCUACGAGUGCCAGCUCUGUGGGGGCAAAUUCACGCAGCAGCGCAACCUCAUCAGCCACCUGCGCAUGCACACCUCCCCGUCCUAGAAGCCAAAGACCCACCCCCCGCCAGCACGGGCACCCAGAUGAGCCACUCACCAGGA